AUGAAGCAUGCAAAAUUAGCUCGUGGAAUGAAAAGAGAUGCCGCUUUGGUCGCUUUGAGUGCAAACCGCAGCAUUUCGGAGAUAGCCAAGUUUUUAAAAGUUUCCAGAUCCUUUGUGUAUAGACUGAAGAAAGACCCAAGUGGUUUUCACAACAAGAAGUCGUCCGUACCGACGAAGGGAAAGCUUUCACGAAAAUUGAAGAUUCCGAUCACACAACAAUGUACAAAAACGGCGUGGGAAUUGGCCACUCAUGAGGUUUCUCUCUCUUGGCUCCCGGUUGAUGCCGAUCGGAAUGUUCCAGCGAACGCAAUCGAAGCCGGAUCCGGUUUGUAUGUUAUACGAGCGAGACAAGGUAGAAAUACCUUCCCCGGUAAAUGGUCUGGUAAAAUGCCGUACGCGUCCAUAUCGUACGAUGGGGAAGAAUUUAAGGUUACCGACUUCGAAGUGCUGUGUGACACGUCAAUAAUCGGAAGUAUGCCACGCAAGACAAUGAAAAAUGCAAGCUUGACACGGGGAAUGAAGAGACAUGCCGUUCUGGUCGCUUUACGUGCCAACCGUGAUGCAGGAGAGAUUGAAAAAUUCCUCAGAGUGUCCAGAUCAUUCGUGUACCGAUUGAAGUCUGUCCACAAGGAUUCCGGCAAAAAUAAGUCUUCCGGUCCAGUAACCAACCGGCGUUCCCGAUACUCCGAGAUUCAGAACGAUGUGCCGUGCAAAAAGAUGGCGUCCGAAGUGGCAACUCACGAGGCUACUCUCUCAUGGAUCCCGGUCGACGCGAACUGGACUGUCCGACUGAAUGCCAUCGAAGCCAAUCCGGGAUUUUAUGUAAUACGAGCGAGGCAGGGAUUAGAUACUGUCCCAGGCAAAUGGUCUGGUAACAUUCCGUACGCGUCCAUCCCCUAUGGUAACAAAGAACUCAAAGUUACUGAGUUCGAGGUACUGUGUGAUAGCUUUUUCGGUAAAAUUCUGCCAGCGUAA